AACACAGAGGGCAGAAGUUUCUAGAGGAUCUAAUGAGAGAGACGCUCACACAGGUGCCAUGACGCAGCAGCCCCAGGAGGGCUUCAGCAGGAGCAUGGAGGACGCCCAGGAGUGGAUGAAGGCCAUCCAGGAGCGGCUGCAGAUCAAUGACAACACCCAGGGGCCCCGCGCGGCGCUGGAGGCCCGGCUGCGGGAGACAGAGAAAAUCUGCCGGCUGGAGCCCGAGGGCCGCGUGAAGGUGGACCUGGUGCUGCAGGCGGCUGAAGCCCUCCUGGCAUGCUGCCUUGAGGACCAGAAGCCCGAGAUCCUGGCCCAGCUGAGGGACAUCAAGGCCCAGUGGGAGGAGACGGUCACCUAUAUGACUCACUGCCACAGCCGCAUCGAGUGGGUGUGGCUGCACUGGAGCGAGUACCUGCUGGCCCGAGACGAGUUCUACCACUGGUUCCAGAAGAUGACGGUCGCCCUGGAGCCCCCGGCGGAGCUGCAGCUGGGCCUGAAGGAGAAGCAGUGGCAGCUGAGCCACGCCCAGGUGCUGCUGCACAACGUGGACAACCAGGCCGUGCUGCUGGACCGGCUGCUGGAGGAGGCAGCCUCGCUGUUCACCAGGAUCGGGGACCCCAGCGUGGGCGGGGAGGCCCAGAAGAGGAUGAAGGCCGACUACGACGCCGUGAAGGCCAGAGCCCAGGAGCGGGUGGACUUACUGGCCAGCAUUGCCCAGGAGCACGAGCAGUACCAGGCCAGUGUGGACGAGUUCCAGCUGUGGCUGAAGGCAGUGGUGGAGAAGGUUCACAGCUGCCUGGGACGGAACUCCCAGCUGACCACAGAGCUCCGCCUGGCUGCCCUGCAGGACAUCGCUAAGGAUUUCCCCAGGGGUGAAGAGGCUCUGGCGAGGCUGGAGGAGCGGGUGCCGGCCAUCAUUGGGAACACCUCUCCCCUGGGUGCGGAGAGACUCACGGCUGAACUGGAGGAGAUGCGGAUGGUUCUGGAGAAGCUGCGGGUGCUCUGGCAGGAAGAGGAUGGGCGGCUCCAGGGCCUGCUGCGGUCCCAGGGCGCCUGCCAGCAGCGCAUCCGGCAGCUGGAAGCCGAGCUCCGGGAGUUCAGGCAGAGACUUGAGCAGCUGGGCCAGCAGGGCCUGGAGCCCGUGGCGCCCGGGGCCACGGAGGACCAGCUGGUGGCUCACUGGAGGCGCUGCUCGGCCACAAGGGCAGCGCUGGCCUUGGAGGAGCCUCGCGUGGACCGGCUACAGGUCCAGCUGAAGGAGCUGCUCGCCUUCCCUGACCUGCAGUCCUUCUCUGAUCAUGUGGUGGCUGCCAUCCAGGAGUAUCAGAGCAUGAAGACCCUGAGCACCCGGCUCCGCAAUGCCACGGGGGCAGAGCUAUGGCAGCGUUUCCAGCGCCCCCUGCACGAACUGCAGCUGUGGGAGGCCCUGGCCCAGCGGCUCCUGGACGUCACUGCCAGCCUGCCAGACCUGCCCUCCAUUCACACCUUCCUGCCCCAGAUCGAGGCAGCCCUGGUGGAAAGCUCUCGUCUGAAGGAGCAGCUGGCCGCACUGCCGCUGAAGGCAGACCUGCUGGAUAGCGUCUUUGGCCAGGAGAGAGCGCAGGCACUGCUGGAGCAGGUGGCGGGGGCCGUGAGGGACAGGGACCUGCUGCACAACCGCCUUCUGCAGAGAAGGAGCAAGCUGCAGAGUUUGCUUGUCCAGCACAAAGACUUUGGGGCUGCUUUUGAACCCCUGCAGAGGAAGCUCUUGGACCUGCAAGUCAGGAUGGAGGCGGAGAAAGGGCUCCAGAGGGACAUCCCCGGAAAACAGGCCCAGCAUUCACGGUUGCAGGCGCUGCAAGGAGAGAGUAUGGAGCUGGGAGUCCAAAUAGAGGCAGUGAGGCCCCUCAUUCAGGAGAAAUCCAACCACCAGCACCAGCUGGACCAGCUUUGCUCUGACCACCACACCCUGCAGAGGGCCCUGGAGGACCUGGUGGACAGGUGUGGGCAGAGCGUGAGGGAGCACUGUACCUGGAGCCACCGGCUGCUGGAGCUACGACAGUGGAUCGCCAUGGUCACACAGAUGUUGGCGUCAUACCGGACAGAGGCAGGCUCCGGGGAGACCGAGCCCCAAGAGGUGGAGAGGCUGCUGGCGGAGCUCCCGGGCAAGGAGGCCCAGUUGCCGCUGAUGGAGGCCAUGGGCCAGCUGGUGAUGGAGAAGUCUUCUCCAGAGGGCGCGGCUGCGGUCCGGGAGGAGCUCCGGGAGCUGGAGGAGUCCUGGCAGGCCCUGAGGCAGCUGGAGGAGGCAGCACUGAGGAGGAAAUGGCAGCUGCGGAUGACCCCAGUGGAUUCGGACAGGAAGCUGGUUUUCACCAACAACAUCCCUAAGUCUGGCUUCCUCGUCAACCCCGGGGAUGCUAUUCCCAGGCGGCGGCGUGGGGCGGGCCUGCAGGAGGCAAGGGAGGGCGGCUGUGAAGAUUUCUCCAGGCUGUUUGGGAACUUCGAGCAGUGGCUGCAGACGGAAAAUUCCAAGCUGAUCCGAAUUAUCGCGAUGAAAACCACCACAGCCCAGGAUGUGAGGGCCAGAGAGACAAAACUUCAGGAGCUGGAGGUUCGAGUCCCAGAAGGUCAGCAUCUCUUUGAGAACCUUCUUCGCUUGGGUCCAGCAGGGGACCAUUCAGAGGAGCUGGAAGAUCUGCGCUACCGCUGGAUGCUGUACAAGUCCAAGCUCAAGGACUCUGGCCAGCUCCUGACGCAGAGUUCUCCAGGGGGGCCGACUGGAUUCCAGAAGGCCCAGCGAUGGCGGCGGCGGCGUUGGGGCCCCUGCUCCCUGCUGCAGAAGGCGUGCCGCCUGGCGCUCCCGUUGCAGCUCUUGCUCCUGCUCUUGCUGCUGCUCCUUUUCCUGCUCCCAGCUGGGAAGGAGCGGCGCAGCUGUGCCCUGGCCAACAACUUCGCCCGCUCCUUUGCGCUCAUGUUACGCUACGACGGCCCCCCGCCCACCUAGCCCACUGGGGUGCCCAGGUGAGGUACCUUCUGCAGCCUCCAGCGCACCCCAGGCUCCUUUUGGGGCUCCCUGGUGGGAAAACUGGAAACAGGACCGGCUAGAGAGCACAGAUCCACCACGGCUGCGUGGAUGUCUCCGGCAGGUUCCCAGGGCAGACUAUUUAUACAGCAUUCAUCGUCUCUGUCUAUACUAAAUGUAUUCUGUGCGCAACUCGGGCUCUGUGUUCAGGAUCUCGUCGGCUCUGUAUGCAGAGGCUCCUGUUACCAUUUCAUGUAUUAUGUCUAUUUGUAGAUGAGAAAUUUCCCGACUGUGUAUCUCUCCAGGGGGUGUCAUGGCGCCGUGUCAGCUGUCAGCCCAGAACCCAGGGACCAUAAUCCACUUCUUUGGCAACUUCUUACCCAGAAACCUUAGCGCAAAGCCAGAUAUUAGGGAAAGGUGUCUGAGCUGUCAGCCUACAAAGCCCACAGAGCCCAGGGACUCAGUUUACCAACAGUGAGUGCAGACCUGCCAGGCUAGUUUUGUAAAGCUCAAGAGAUUUCAUGCCAUGGAGCAGACACCGAAGUGACCAUCACCAGAGGCCGACACAGUGCUGGACCCGCCCAGCCCACCGGCUGGAGAAGGCCUAUGAAAUGGUUUGGUCCAUCAUGGACGGACACCAGUGCUUCUCGUGAACUUGCCUGGGCUUUCUGUGUCCACUGGCCUGUGUGGAUAAUUUUAUCUGGGCCACAAAUGAUGAUGAUAUAAAUAUCCAGAUGACCCUUGGCAGAAAAGCAGCUUCCCCACCCCCACUAGUGAAGGUGGUUAGACUUGGGUCUAUGUGUUCCUGCAAAAAAGGAAUGAUUUCUUAUUUCCACUCAAAAGGGUGAAACCAACUCAGCCUUGACCCUGGAGAGCCCUGGGAGAUCUGUGUCCCCUUGCCUGCUGGUGGCUUUUUUCUCCAUCCAUGUUGAACUUGAGCUGAGGGCAGAGAGGGGUAUCUGUGGGUCAGGGACCAGGGAUGGAUGCCAAGACAGAGGGGAAGGCCUGGGCCUGGGGGUGGAGCCUGUCUAAGGGAAGGCCGCCUUCCUGUACAGCCCUUAGGCCCACUGGCCAAGAAUGCCCAUACAUACCUACCCUGCAUGGGACCAUAGGGCUGGUGACUCCUGGUUAGGCAGGCCUCUAAGUUGGUGGGAAGUGUUUCUUCCUCUCCAAAGGAUUCUGGGAUAGCUCCUAAGAGCUUUAAAACUCGAUCCUGUUUUUUGUAAACCGACAGUCUUUUUUUUUUUUUAAGCAAAUACUUAAUGCUCACUCUUUGCCCGUGGAUUUUUGUCUGUUGAACUUUGGGUCGGAGCCCUGGGGGUACUGGGUCCUCAGGCCUUGUAUCAGAUCUGGAAAUGUAGUGUUAGAGACCCAGAGGCACUUUAAACAGAGGGAACCUGGGGCCCUCAGAGGGUCCUGCUCAGCGAGGCUAUGGCUCUCAAACGCACACCAAUCCUAGAGCCAGGUGAGGCCAAGGGGCAGCUCUCAUGUUUGGCCCAGUGAGGAGGAAGAGCUGGCAUCAUGGCUCAGAAGAGCCAUGCCAGGGAGCUCCUGGCACUGACAGGAAAAGCACUUCUCUCUGGGUGCUGGGAACCCAACCUUACGUGGCUGUUUUCCUGAAGGAUCCAGGGCUGAGACCUUAGGCUAAGCGCUGGGCCUGGGUGUUCCUUUUCUAUUAUCCCGCGUCACCGGUCAGAAAUAUGAGGCCCAGAGAAGGGGUGUGACUCACCCAUAGGCACACAGCAAGAGGCUGUUUGGCCAGAUCCGAACCUGUGACCUGCUCAGCCCCUUCCCCAGAGCAAAGGCCAGGCUUAGACAGAGCAUUUGUGUGAGGCCCUGGGUUCCACCCUCAGUGCUGAGAAAGAAGAAGGAAGUGUGUGCUGGAGGGGGGAGGGGAGAGCUGUUUAUAUGUCACCUGGUGUCACCUGAGUCGUGGGGUCGCAUUGGGAGAAUCGCAAUAGUUGGGCUGGUGGGUAGGAACGUCUCUAUAUUUUUAAACUUCGUUACUGAUGCCAUAAAAUGUGCUUGUUUGCAUAGCUUUUUUUUAAAGAAAAAAACUGGUGUUUUCGUUACUUUGUAUCAAUAUAGUUAUCAUAGGAUACAAUAGGCCAUUUGCAAGCGUUUUUAAAAUGUAAUCGCUUUUGCUGAGAGUGGGAGCAGGUGGCUGCUGUGUCGCUAACACUUCCAGCAGGAGCCAUGGAGAGGCCGCAGAAGCCCUCGGAUGGGGUAUGCCGUGAAACCUGCGUGUCGCCCCCUUCUAGAGAGAGAGGGUGCUUAGAGUAUCCUGGUGUGUGUGUAUGUGUGUGUGUGUGUGUAGUGAACAAGAGAAUGGGGGAAUGGAGACCCCACCAGAUAACCAUUAGUUACCCCCUUGCUGGUCCUCCCUUCUCCAGAUCAUGACGGCCCCCAGCAUGUACUGAUGCGGUAAGGAUGGGCAGAGGGUGGAGCAGGCAGCAAGGGAGGUCAGGAGACCCCUGUAGGCACCCUGUGGAGGGGCCGAGGUCUGUGGUCGUGAGUGGCACAGUUGUGAAUCUCCAGUGUGCCCGGCCUGGGCAAGAGCUUCAGCAGGGUUUACAGGGUUAUAUUAAAAAGCCAGAGGUGAGUAUGUUUCUGGGACACCAACACCCUCCUGGGCGUGGAGGAAGUGGGAGCUG